GUCCUAUAUGCGGAGGUGGUGCGGUGCUUCUAUGACUUUUCUGUGCGGAACACGGUACCUGCGGGUCACUGCGGGAUUCUGCAGGCCUAAAUCAGCCGCCACGCAACUUAGCUUAUGUUUAGUGAGGCAGUAUUCGCCUUCUAAAGCGAGGUACGGCCUCGGCCAAAGCAUCACGUCACGGUUGAAAUGGGCAAAUGAAAAGUACCAGAGAUUUCUUCAGAGACGCUUCCCUAGAUUCUACGUCCUCUAUUCCACAUUUAUACGAGGAUUUCGACUCUUCUUCGAGGAUGCCCGAGAAGUGCAUAGGAUCAGAAUUCGGAUGAUCAGAAACAACAUCGAUCCCCAGAAGUUGCCUUACCGUGAAAUGGAGAAGCUCAGACAGUUCCACAGAGACAUGAUCAAAGCUAUUCCUCUGGUGAUCAUCUCCAUUCCUCCUUUUGCCAACUACCUAGUGUUUGUUUUAAUGUACCUUUAUCCACGCCAGCUUCUGAUUCGCCAUUUCUGGACGCCCCAGCAGCUGGUGGAGUUUCAGGGAGUGUAUCACGCACAGAGGGCGCUGCAUCACCGGCCACUGCUCGCUGGGUUGAAGACGACAGCAUCGCGCAUCACACACGAACAAGUAAAGAGCCGACUUAUGGAGCUGUGCAGUAAAAUCCAGGGUGGUGUUCACCCCGUUGUGUCUGAUCUCCACGCAGUGAGAAGUUUAUUCUCAGGCCCUCCAUUGGGUAUCAGAAGGAUGGGUGCAGAUCAGAUGAGACACCUUUGCACAUUGCUCUUCUUAACGCCCCGCCUCCCACCGUUCUGGAUUGGCCGGCGCUUGAAUAGCCACGCCCUAGAGCUCAUGCACCUGGAUCGUGCCAUCAUCAUCCUGGGUCUCCACGAGCUCAAUGACAUGGAGCUCAAAGAGGCGUGUUAUGUGAGAGGGCUGAACGUGGAGCAGCUGAGUCCUGCACAGUGCCGAGACUGGCUGUCUCAGUGGCUGCAGUUCUCAGUGCACCUUAAAGAAUCAGAGACCUCACUGUACUUGCAUGGUAUGAUGCUUCUGACGGUGAACUACCCAAAACCAGCACGCAGCUGAUGAGACCCUGCGUUUUUCAACUACGCUGACCGUCAAGGAUCAGAAGUGAAGUAAACAAAAACCUCAGACAUGGGGGAAACACAGAGGGAGUGAACAACUUCAGUUAUCAGAGACGUUCCAGGCCAGUAUCAGGAUCAUAGAGUGUAGGCCUCAGUUACAGUGUUGAGUGAAUAUGAGAGGGAAGGAUGGUAAUCUUCGAGUUAUUUUUGAAUGUUUGUUUCCUUGAGCCAAGUGAUUAGAAAGAUGGGUGGGAAUCGCGAUGAAAGUACUAAAAACAGUACAUUGCAUAGCGGAAGUCGAUUUCGCCUUUUAGCCUUUAUCGUGUCAGAUCUGCGUAAAUGGAACAAUUGGAUCCAUUCCAUAUUUACACACAACUUUGAACCUCAGAAACACAAAACGUUGCAUGCAGCACGUUCUAAUUACAUCACGAGAUGAUUAUGAACAUGCAUCUAAGAACAGAUGUAUGAAAAAGGGUUAACAACUCAUUCUGUUUACAUGGAGUGUUGUGGAUUUCUUCCAAAUAUGGUUCAACCACAGAUUGGUGUGGUUUUUAAUUUUGGCUUGUGCUUUGCUGCGUUUUUGUUUUUUAUUUUAUUUUAUUUUUUCCUUUUUCCUUUCCUGUGCUGUUUAAGUUUGCUGCUAUGCAUACAGUUCAUCUGUACUUUGAAAGCUGAUUGAAUUCAUCAGAACAGUAUUCAGGGUUGCCAGGUCCUCGAAAAAAAGCCGAUAAAUUGCAACCCAAAAAUAUGUCCAACUUAAUUUCUAACUGUAAUUAAUGUGAAACAAGAUCAUAUUAUACAUUUGUAAUGAAGCAGUAUUCAAAUUGGUUUACCUAAAUAUCAGUGUAAUAAUACAAGACCACUAUAGGACAUGAGCAACAUGAUGUAUUUAUAAGUAUGUAGUCUAUUAUUUGUACUUCAUAUCCAUUUACCAGUCUGUACAAGAUUUCGCCGAGGGUUUUUGUGAUUGUUGCGGCCAAACGUGCUUGAUUUUGAGAUGCUUUUUACACAAUUUGCAGAGUUUUUUGUGCCUUUUUUUUUUUUUUUUUUUUUUUUUUUAGCAGAAGCCUAGUUGAAUUGGCAAAGUUGCAGGAAAUAGUUUUGCACGGUCCUUCACAGUGGUUUGUUGGUAAAGGAGACCUUUUAGCUGUACUCGUGUUUGACACACGAGAAUUGAAGAGGGCUUUGGCUGAAUGCGCGUCAUGAGGACGUCACAUGAAGCGUCUCGGCCCACACCUGCAUAAAAUCUGUGGUCGUUUUGAAAAAUUGCAAGCUCCUCCGAAUAUUGUGGAGUUUCCUUGAUUUUGCGUUCAUUUCUGCGAUCGCAAAAUUCUGGAGGGACUGAUUUACGACGAUACACUACUUGGUACAUUUUAAUCAUAAGCACAUACCGUAUACACUGCCAGUUAAAAGAUGGUGAAUAUGUGGAGUUUAUUUACAUCUUAUUAUAUUUGUUAGUGCCUCUAGAAAGUAUUUCUCUUUUUGCUGUACUGCAACAUCAAAUUUAAGCAAAAGAGAGAUUUUUUUGUGCUCCUUUAGAGGUGAUUCUAAUACAGUAAAAAUCUAAUUAAAUCAAGUACGUAGGGGAAGUGCUGGCUUGGUGGUUAAGGCUCUGGGUUACUGAUCGGAAGGUCGGGUUUCAAGCCCCAGCACUGCCAAGCUGCCACUGUUGGGCCCUUGAGCAAGGUGCUUAACCUUCUCUGCUCCAUGGGCACUGUAUCAUGGAUGACCCUGCGCUCGGACCCCAACUUCCUGACAUGCUGGGGUAUGCGAAGAAAAGAAUUUCCCUGUGCAUAUGUAUAUGUGAUAAAUAAAGACUCUAUCAUUAUAUUCACCUCAGAAUUACUUAAAAUAUUUUAUAGAAUUAAACAGAACAACCCACUUCCAGUGAAAUAAAUAUUUAACCCAAAUCAGCAAAAUGUCAAAUGCAGACUAAUUUUGUGUGAAAAUAUCAGACAUGGCAACCCUGACAAUAUCACCAGAGAUUAUCAGAGUGAUUUGACACUGGAACAGAAUAGUGUUCAAACUUUUGCCCCGAUGAGACCCAUGCCCCAGUUUUUAAUGAGAACUUUCUCCACCCCACACACACACACACACACACACACACACACACACACACACAAACCCAUAAAGGUCGGCAGGUCUCAUAGAUAGUCAUAUAAGUGGUUAUUUAUUUUGGUAUUUUUCAUCUCACCCUCAUGCAUUGAAUUCACACAGUUUGAAUACCUCUGCUGUAGAAAGUAUUGUGAGAAGGACAUUGAUUUUAACGCUGUGAUGAAGCGCAUACGUCUCCACACAAGGACACCAAGUCCUGUAAAUGAAGUCGCCUCUGCAGAAAAAUCAUAAAGCACUUAUGUACAUACACAAUUAAAAUGAUUUGCCCCACAUAUUGGAUUGAUUCAAAGUAAAGUAACAAAACAGCU